ACAUAUCCGACUUUACUCACACAAAUUCAUAAUCAUAUGAACCAUCUCAUAAUCCCUCUCUCUCCUCUCUCUCACACACACUAACACACACCUCUGAAUUCAACAACUGUGUUGAAUGUUGCUACAUAUGAUUAUAUCAUCUUCAUCUACUUGUACAGUUCUAUCACUGUGAUCUCGUUUUCUCGAUAAUAGACUGCCGUUUUGAUGAGAAACUGCCUAAAAUUUGAUUGCGCACUCGAUUCAUAUUCAAUUAUAUAGAAAAUAAUUAAUCGGGCAGCACAGUUGUUAAGCUCGAACAGUGUAGGCGUAGAAUCGACAGCUCAGAGCUGUUUUGUAGCGCCGGAGAUGGCUGGACGGGUUUUCUAUGUGGUGGCGGCGGCGGCGGUUGCGUUGGCGGCCGCCGCCUCAGCGUCGACUGACGCCGUAGGAUUUCGGAGAGUUCUGUCGCUGGAGAGAGCUUUUCCGGUGAAGGAGGACCUAGAGGUGAGUAAAGCUCGGGACCGUGCAAGGCGCGGACGCAUGCUGCAGAGCUACUCCAGCGGCAUCGUCGAUUUCACGGUCGACGGUACCUCCGAUCCCUACGCCGUCGGACUUUAUUAUACGAAAGUUAGGUUGGGAUCUCCACCUCAAGAGUUCAAUGUGCAGAUUGAUACUGGAAGUGACAUCUUGUGGGUUACUUGCAGUUCCUGUAAUGAUUGCCCCCAGAAUAGUGGAUUGGGAAUUCCUCUCAACUUCUUCAAUGGAGCCUCGUCCUCGACCUUUUCACCAAUGUCCUGCUCGGAUAGCAUAUGUGCUUCCAUUGUUCAAACUGCAUCCGCUGAAUGCAAUAGUGGGAGCAAUCAGUGUGCUUACUCAUUCAAAUAUGGCGAUGGAAGUGGCACUUCUGGUCUAUAUGUGUCUGAUAUGCUUUAUUUUGAUACAGUUAUGGAUGCCUCUUUGAUAGUCAAUUCUUCUGCCCCUAUUGUUUUCGGGUGUAGCACUUCACUGUUUGGAGACCUGACUGAUUCAGAUAGAGCAGUUGAUGGAAUAUUUGGCUUUGGCCAGAAUGGUCUUUCAGUAAUAUCACAACUAUCAUCAAGUAGGAUCACUCCUAAAGUAUUUUCCCAUUGCUUGAAAGGGGAGGGUAGUGGUGGAGGUAUACUAGUUCUUGGUGAGAUAAUGGAUCCAAGAAUCGUUUAUACACCCCUUGUUCCAUCGCAGCCUCAUUAUAAUUUACAUCUGCAGAGCAUUGCUGUCAAUGGACAACUGUUGCCUAUUGAUCAAGGAUUGUUUACUACGUCAGGCAACCGAGGAACUAUAAUUGAUUCUGGAACUACGUUGGCUUACCUUGUGGAAGGAGCUUAUGAUCCUCUUGUUGCUGCUAUAACUGGUUCUAUUUCUCCAUCCGUGAGACCAAUUACAUCUAAAGGAAAUCAAUGCUAUCUUCUUUCUACAGGCUUAGCAGAGGUCUUCCCCGGAGUUUCUUUCAAUUUUGCUGGAGGUGCAUCCAUGGUUUUAAGACCAAUCGACUACCUUGUACAUAUGGGAUUUGCUGAUGGUGCUACAAUGUGGUGUAUGGGCUUUCUUAAAGUUCCAAAUCAAGGCACAACAAUUCUGGGAGAUCUUGUACUCAAGGACAAAAUUUUCGUUUACGAUUUGGUUCACCAAAGAAUAGGAUGGGCAGACUAUGACUGUGCAUUGUCCGUUAAUGUCUCCAUAACUUCGGGCAAAGACGAAUACGUCAGCGCCGGACAGCUGAGUGUGAGCAGCAGCUCUUCCACUGGUGAAAUCUUCAAGGCUAUGCAUAGGUAUUAUUGUGUUCUGGUUCUGGUGCUGCAUUUGUUGCUGUUAGGGAUUCUCUCUCUGUAGAUUAUUUCCACUCAUGCCUAUUUUUUCAUCCAUUUCUGAUUUCAUCAAUUUAUAUUUGUUGCAAUUUGGCAACACUUUCAUGUCAUCUUCAAGAUCAUAUGAAAAAAGUAUUACAAAAAAUCAUAAAUCAUGUUAACUUGAGCACUUGGAAGGGAUGAUGGAAGUGAGGAAGUUCUCUAACAUUUUUUAUAUAUGAUUAAAUUUGAAA